AUGAUAAGUAUUACUCCAAUGGUUUCAUCUAAUACAAUAGAUAUAAUAGAUGAUACAAUAUGUUAAAAUAAAACAAAUAGAUAGAGUAAUAGAUAAAAAAGAAGCAUUAGUAAUAAAUUAAAAGAUCUUACAUAUGAUAAUUAAUUGUUUGAUAAAGUAGAUAAUAAAAUUAGAGGUUAUUUAGAAAAGAAUAAAAUAAACUAUGAAAAAACAUUAGUAAAGUUAUAUAAAUUGGAUUCUUUGAAAAGCGAAAAAGCUAAAAAAAUGUUGGGGGAAUUAAAUCAAACUAGAAGAAAAUAACAAUUAAGUGCAGUUCGAUAAACAAAAUCAAUGUAUUUUAUAUUGUUAUUAAUUUAGUGAAAGAAACAAUAGUUUACCAUCUUCAAAAUAAAUGUAAAUGGAUCUUAAACAAAUUUAAUAAGAACUUAAAAAGAUAAAUCCAGAAAUAGAACAUAAAUUACUUAUGAAUAUAUCAACUUUUAAAUUUAAUCAAUCAAAUUGUGCUCGUCUUGAAGAAGAAUAAUGGGAAAGAGUUGCAUUAUACUACCCUUAUAAAAUUAGACCUAAGAUGACUAAUUUUGAAUAAGAAUUAGAUCGUUUAAACAGCUAUUAUUCUAGAAAUGAAAAUUCUUUAAAUUAACUAAUUUAAAUAUAAAAAGAUCUCCUACACUAUAAAUUGCUUUAAUAGUAGUGA